AUGUGUGAUAAGUGGUGGGGGAUGAGUAAUUUUGAUUGGGCUGUGAGGGAGUCAGAAGGCAGAUCGGGUGGAAUACUAUCGGUCUGGAACAAGGAUAAGUUUGUGGCAACUAGUAAAUGGAACGUGACGGGGGCUGUUAUUGUUAAUGGGAUUUGGCUACAAGGAGGCCUGCAUUGUUGUUUUGUUAAUGUGUAUGCGCCCAUGGGAACCACCGAAAAGGAAUCUUUGUGGGAUACAUUACAGCUCAUUGCUCUUCAAAACAAAGACUCGUGCCUGUGUUUUCUUGGCGACUUCAACGCAGUGCGUGAUUCGGGAGAAAGGGUGGGGAAAGGUGCUGUCUUUAAUCAAGCAGAUGCAAGGUCUUUUGACGCUUUUAUUAGGCAAAGUAAUCUGCUGGAAAUCAGAACACAGGGAAGAAAGUUUACGUGGUAUCAACCUGGUGGAGGAUGCAAGAGCAAACUAGACAGAUUUAUGGUCAACGAGAAAUGGAUGAAGGAAUGGCCGGACACAGUCGGAAGGGGGCUUCAGAGAUCAGUGUCGGACCAUUAUCUUAAGGAUGAACUUAAGGAGCUGGACAUUUUUGAUGACACCUUUGGUCUUGAGGAGAGUGAGACAAUCAGGAGAAAUGAAUUACGAGCAAAGAUUUUCCUUAAAUCCAAAGAAAAAUGGCUUGAUGUUGGGGGUUGCUGGAUCGAGGAUCCAAAGAUCAUUAAGGAGAACGUCAAAACGUUCUUCGAGAAUCACUUCAAGAAGACGCCGCGCGUCCUACCUAUGAUACCGGGAGAUUUCACUGCUCGGAAAAUUUCUGCAGCAAAUAAUGCGGAGCUGAUCAAACCUUUUUCAGAAUCAGAAAUUAAAGAGGCCAUUUGGAGCUGUGACGGUGACAAGAGCCCGGGACCGGAUGGCUUUAACCUUAAGUUCUGGAAAGCGUCAUGGGAGAUUAUCAAGAAAGAUUUUUUAAAGGUUUUGGCGAAUAGGAUGAAACAGGUCAUGGAUUCAGUUAUUUCGGAUAAUCAGAGUGCCUUCAUUGGCGGCCGUUACAUCCUAGAUGGGGUGGUGGUUCUAAAUGAAGCAAUCGCGGAGGCUUCUAAGAAGAGAAAGGGGAGGAUUAUCUUCAAGGUGGAUUUCGCGAAAGCCUAUGACUCCGUUGAGUGGGAUUUCUUGGAUUUAAUGCUUGAAAGAAUGGAUUUUGAGCCAUUAUAG